AUGGAGGGCACUCGUAGUGGACGAGGCCGUGGACGUGGAAGUAGGCAACCCUCUGAUAGAGGUACUGCGGAAACCUCGACUGGACCAAACCCUGAACCUAGGGUAGAUCCGAAUGUCCAGAUAGUUGCCGCUAUGCAGCAAAUGACCGACUUACUGGCCAAUGUAGUGCAACAACAGGGCCACAACCCUAACCCACCUGUCGGGAAUCCCAGAAACCCUGGGAACCAUGUCGAGAGCGAGGAUCGAGCCCUCGAAAGGUUCCAAAAGUUCUCCCCAUCGAAGUUUUUGGGAGGGCCCGAUCCAGACGUGGCCGAGCAGUGGCUGGAGAAGAUGAUAGAUAUUUUUUCCGUCCUACACUACUCGGAAGAGAGGCAAGUUACUUUUGCGGUUUUUCAGCUUGAAGGAGCCGCUCGUUCUUGGUGGAACAUUAUACGAACUAAGUGGGAGAGAGAACAGACACCAAGAACAUGGGUGAACUUCGUAAGGGAGUUCAAUGCCAAAUACUUUCUACCAUUGGUCCAGGAGAAGAAGGAAGACGAAUUCAUCCGACUUCGCCAAGGCACCCAAUCAGUGGCUGAAUAUGAGAGCCAGUUCACCCGCUUGUCCAAAUUCGCCCCUGAACUUAUUUUAACCGAACAAAGGAGGGCGAGACGUUUCCUUCAGGGGCUUAACGUAGAGAUACAAAAGGAUUUGGCUGUGGCCCAAAUCACUACAUUUAGUGAUGUUGUUGAGAAAGCUUUACGAUCUGAGAACGCAAGGCUCCAAGUGAGAAAUUUUCAAAAUAAAAAACGUGAAUUUUCUGGGAGUAGCUCCACUCAAGGGAAUAAGAGUACCCCUCCCAAAUUUGGAAGGGGAAUUGGAGGAGGACGAUUUCCGGGUACGGCAAGAGGGACUCCGCCAAGAGGUGGCCAGACGAGAUGA